GCUGUUUCAUUCGUACGCACAUUUGUUUACUUUGUAAGCUAACCUUCAGUCAGUCUGACAGCCCAAAAAAACUCUGUACUGUCACAUCACAGUUGUAGCGGUGAAAGACGAUACUUAUAAACGUGAUGUGAAACGGGAAUUAUUAUGUAGCAGAGUUCUUCCGGAGCUGUAAACAAUUGCAGUGAAGCGAUUACAAAAGGAGUUGAUGGCAUUACAAAGUGAUCCACCUCCUGGAAUGACACUAAAUGAGAGAAGUGUACAGAACACAAUCACUGAGUGGUUUAUAGAUAUGGAUGGUGCUCCAGGUACUCUUUAUGAAGGAGAGAAGUUUCAACUCCUGUUCAAAUUCAGUGGUCGAUAUCCUUUUGAUUCACCUCAGGUAAUGUUCACCGGAGAAAAUAUACCCAUCCAUCCACACGUCUAUAGCAACGGUCACAUCUGUUUAUCUAUUUUAACGGAAGACUGGUCACCAGCUCUGUCUGUGCAAUCUGUUUGUUUAAGCAUUAUUAGCAUGCUGUCAAGCUGCAAAGAAAAGCGACGUCCUCCAGAUAAUUCAUUUUAUGUAAAGACAUGUAAUAAGAAUCCAAAGAAAACUAAGUGGUGGUAUCAUGAUGAUACAUGCUAGUAUCAACACCAUUUUGAUAAAUAAACAAACUUUUCCAAGUGCAUCAAGUACUUUAUGACAGUCUUUGGGUUAAGACUGAACCAGCAGACCAUGGGAUGGUGAUUUAUGUAUGGAUUAGGCACACACUUCUGCUGACUGCAAGAAGUGCAUAAAACUGCAGGAAUCUAACCCGCCCGGCAAGUAUAUUUUGAUGGAAUCAAGAUGUGGAGCUAUUUUUUUUUUUUUUUUUUUUUUUUUUGGUUAUUUGUUUUAUGUUGUAAUGUUUUUUUUUUCAUAAGCUUCUAAGGGUUUUUACCGUUUUUGCAAUAAUAUCUUCAUGUGGGUUUGGAAUUAAAGGGAUCAUGACAUAAGAAAUCAAAUUUGCAUUGAUAUUUUGACAGAGGUUUUUGUACCAUUAAAACAUCCUAAAAAAGUU